UAUAUAUAGACGCAUUGUAAAUCAAAAUUUUAUCCCAAACUUUUCCAAAGUGUGUAAAAAUAGAUAUUGAACUAUCGAUCUAUUUCUUUAUCAAAGCGGCUUUUAUUUUCAUCCAAUCAAACCGAACUUCCUUGUCACAGACGAUUGGCCAGGUGCGGAAUGGCAUUUUUUCCAUCUCAUUCAAAAGCUCUUAAAUUUAAACUUUUAUAGUACAAUUGAUAACUUGCAAUAUGGUAACGGACAAUAUAUAAUAAAGUUAUCAACACUGUGAGAAAAAAUACAUGGAGAGUAACUAUUGAAGCAAGGUCUAUAAUCAAACAUGGAUGCAAUCUUUCAACUUGUAUUCUUUGUGUGUCUUCUCGGACCUCCGGCCAUGGCUCAGUUGGCUUGUCCAAAUAUAAAUGGCUUUGUGAACUUGUCGGGUGCUGGACUUACAAACAUUGAUGCAAGCACCUUUGAAACAACGUAUGACUGUAAAGGGAUGGUGGAAAACAUCACUUCAUUGGACCUUUCUUACAACUCCAUUACGAGUGUAAAUGUGGACAGUUUUGCAAUUUUCUAUGAACUGCUAUCUCUGAAUCUGUCAAACAACGCCAUACCUUCGCUCGACAAUAGCACUUUUUACCCUCUUAAAAAACUGGAAACUCUUGACGUUUCUUUUAACUCACUCACACAACUUGGCGGUGGUCUUAUUAGCCUCUUCAACUUGAGGAGCGUUUGGUUCAACAACAAUAACAUCAGCUAUGUUGACCCUCAUAUUGUCGGUCAGGAAAAUAUUGGCUUGAGAUAUUUCAAUCUUAAUAAUAACUCGUUGACCUAUUUGGAUCCGUGGCCUUACACAACCUACCAGUCACAUCAGAGAAGACUGGACCGUGAGUUCUUCUUACAACAUAACCAGAUUUCGCGACUUACAAAUUAUAUGAACUGGACAUAUGAUCUUCAAUAUCCAUUUGAAGUAUUGGUAAACCUCCAAUGGAAUAAACUUGAAACAAUUACGGUGGACACACUACGACAAUACGAACCGGAUAUGAGUUCGCAGGCUAUUUUCACCGUGUUUCUCACGUUCCAGGCCAACGUGACACAUAACCCCUUCUUUUGUGAUUGCCAACUCUACGAAAUGACUGAGAUCGUCCGCCGUGGAAUUUUCCGCUACACUAAAGUGGAACAAUACAGGUACAGGUGUGGCUCUCCUUCAGCUGUUGCAGGAAUAGACUUUCUUCACGACCUGGACUACGAUCAGUUUGUUUGUAACGUCACUUCCGGUUGUCCGACGGGAUGCUUUUGUCAAGAUCGGCCACAUAACGACACCUUUUUUAUUGAUUGCAAUGGCGCCGGGCUUACUGAAAUGCCGGAUGUCAUUCCAAAUCACGGUCGUUCCAAACUUGAAAUAAUUCUCGAUAACAACAAUAUUGAUACGUUAAAGAACACAUCGUACCUUACGAACAUUUACAAUAUAUCAAUGGCAGGAAACAAACUAAAUAGGUUAGAUGAAAACGUCCUUUCUGUAAUGAAAGCCUCACGUUUGGAUUUUAGAAACAAUAGGAUCUCCACACUACCACGAGAGAUUAAGAAAUUCAGCUACAGCUCCGUGCUUUUAUCCGGAAAUACAUUAGAAUGUGAUUGUGACUCAAUGUGGUUGGCUGAAUGGAUUCAAUUAGAUGGUGAAGAAGGUGACAUGUCUCUUACGUGUGAUUCAAAAACUGGGACACAUACAAUAGCGGACAUCAGUCUUAAAAUUCUCGGCUGCACAAAUGAGUUGAUUAUCAUUAUCUGUGUCUGCUUAGGGGUAAUGUUGGCGUUGCUUGUGAUAGGAUUGGUCUUCGCAAAACGCUGCCCGUAUGAAACAAGGGUUCUUCUUCAUAAGAUUUUUCGUAUUCGGCCAGGAAAAAAGUAUGAAACCGAUAAUGACGAUCAGAAAGAAGUUGACAUCUAUAUUGUCUUUGACAAUAUGUGCGAGGACGUUAUUGGAUGGGUCAGAUAUUUUCUUAAGAAACUUAACCGCAAAAAGCCAGUUUAUUCUGUCCUAAAUCCAGCAAGAUUUAUGGAACCAGGAAGUGAAGCUGUAGGUAUCCCAAAAUGGAUCGGUAGAUCAAAAAGAAUGAUAAUCAUUUUAUCUGAUAAGAUAUUUGAAAACGAGUGGCGUUGCUUUGAGAUAGAAGACGCUGAAAGACGAAUUAUAGAAGCGACCGCUCGAAAGAAUGAAAAGAACAGUGAACAUAAACAAAAAGGCGAAAAUAAUGAUAACGAUUCGUGUCGUAUAGAUAUUGAAAACGACACAAAUUUAGAAGGUGAUGAAAGCAGCGUUGCAGAUGAAAAUGAACCUAGUUCUAUUAACAUGGAAGGGGACGAAAAUCUUGAUAAGGCCCCUAGAAUUAUUUAUAUCAUUUUUAACAGUAGUGAUUUACUGAAGUCAAAAUUAGAUGAAAAUAGAUGGAUAGAAAGGAUAGGUGACAGACGCAAUUUGAGGAAAAACAAUUCCAAAGAGUUUGAUUUAAAAGCCAAAGCAUGGCAAGAAAAACUUCAACAAGAACCGUGGAAAUCAAGGCUUGCCGGGAAAGUAGUUCUCUCGCCUGAUGAUAAAAUGUUUUGGUCAAAAUUACGAUAUGAGUUACCUCCUAAAGGCAAUGGCAAAGGCGAUGGUAAUUUUACAUUUAAGCGACCUGACCAGCAUGAAGACCUUAGAAUUGUUCAUGAUUUGCGUCAACAGGCUAGAGACCGCGAGGCUACAAAUACAACCGCUGCCAAACAAGAUCGGGACAAAGCCGGUCCCAAUUUUACACAUCUUGAAGACACCUCUGAAAAAGCGCGUGUACAUAGAAAUAAAGACUCAGGAAAUAAUAAUUCAGAAACCAACAAAAAAGGUGGUCCCUCUAUAAAACAAACUGCAGACCCAAAGUUAAUUUUAAACCAGUUAAGGACAGAUAAGAAGAUGGGAAUAUUUAGCAUAUUUGGCAGUAAAGAAGCUGCAAAUAAUUCUAAUGACAAAGAAAAUAACGCUAAUACUGACAGAAGUAAUCAGUUACUGGAUGUGCUCAAUGGCAUUGACCUAGGUACUACAGAAAGAGGCGGAAUACAGAGAGUCAAAAGAGAAAAUACCGAGGAAACGAUCACAAACGGCCAGCGUGUUUUAAAAGAUCUCAUGGAGGCAGCCGGUGGGCAGAGAGGCUCACCUUCAAAUUCACGACCAGGAAGCGCGACUAAGGAAAAUGACAACGCUGACCAAAACAGACAUAUAUUUACGAUAGGAACAAAUGAGACGAACGUGACUAAUAAAUUUACAAACGCUUUAGGUUAUAGCAAUAACAUGCGCAGUAACGUGCGCAGUAACAGGGGAAAUGUGAUGAACAGGAAUCUAAACAGUAAUUUGAGAAGAAAAAUUAGCAAUGGCACUAUCAAUAGUGAAAGUUCCAUUUUUUCUUCAAGUUCCGACGCAUAGACUACAUUCAAAGACAGCCUCGCAGUAUUAUUCCGUCCAUUAUUUUUCACAUUUAUGUGCAAUAGUAGCUAUCAUUUACGAAAGUAAGAAAGCUUUUGUUAUGAUUUAUUCAGAAAUGUUAGUUAAUCCUAUGGAUUAAAGAUGAGGGUAACAGUAUUUUUUUGACAUUGAGGGGAACGAGGAUUAUGUUGUUAAUGAUGAUGUUGUUGUUGAUUACCUGUUUAUUGUCCAUAUUUAGUGUUAUACAGUACAUCUAUGAAAUUGAUUAUCAUUGAUGUAGUCAUAUAACGCAGUGUUCAUCACGAGUCUUUAGUGUUCAUCAUCAACAAUACAUGUAUCUUGUAUUCAUAGCUUUUCGGACAUAUAUCUUUUGUUUAAAGCUUUUUGUAGAGCAUUGGCUUAUAUCGAGUGGCCUUGCCCUUUUUAAUACGGCAUUUAAUUUAUUUAUUCGUUUACAUUAUUGUGUAUUUUUGUAAACGGUUUACGUUUUGUAAAGUCAUGUACCAGUGUUCGUCAUAAAUAAAAAUAUUAAAACA